CGUCAUGGACACGGGGGAUUUUUUUAUCAAGGGGACGCGUGAGUUUCUACAUUGGAAUUUCCAGGAAAACGACGUCGGUCCUCAGGAUCAGUGUAUAGGUGGGAAAUGCCGGUUCUCCAAGUCUCGGAGUAGUAACGACAGAAGGAAAGUGGGGAGAAUUCACGAUAAACGCGCUCGGAGUAGGGAUCCUCUGGACGUACAGAGGAAAUCACGAUUCUUUACUCAGAGCCGUGGCGCUAAUCGGGCAUCGCUGCUCCGAGCAGAAGGUGCUUGUUCGCUGUUCAUCGCGUGUUUCCUUUUGAUCAGCCAAGAGUCCUUGGCGCAAACCAUGUGGCGACUGGUUCUCGCGUUGGCCUUGGUCGGCGUGACUUUGGUGACGGCAUUGCCCGCGGCGCAACAAAACGACGGUGGCCUCUCAGCUCUCAUCGAUGAGACAUUCGGCAAUGCUAAGACGACACCUCCGUCAGUGCCUCAGAUAGACGGCGACCUCGACAGCCUUAUCAGAGACGUCUUCCAGACCGGAAACGGCACCACUACCCCCAGAACUGUCAUUCUCGGCACAGAGAAUCAAACACCCGCGAAGCCCCUCGACUGCGAAUGCGUGCCUUAUUAUCAGUGCAAGGAAGGCAAGAUCGUGGAGAACGGGGUCGGCAUUAUCGAUAUCAGAGCUCUUGGACCAUGCGAGAACUACUUGGAUGUUUGCUGCAAACCGCCGGAUCUACAGCCACCAUCCACGCCUCCACCGACCACUAGGACCGGAUGUGGACGGCGAAAUCCUGAAGGAGUCGGCUUCAGGAUCACCGGCCAGUCUGAUAAUGAGGCCCAGUUUGGCGAGUUUCCGUGGAUAGUGGCUAUUUUGAAGGAAGAGGCUAUCGGCACUGACGGCCAGAAAUUGAAUGUUUAUCAAUGCGGUGGAGCUCUUAUCCACAGACAAGCCAUUCUCACUGCGGCUCACUGCGUCAAUGGGAAGCAACCACACGAGCUGAAGAUUCGCGCGGGUGAAUGGGACACGCAGACGAAGAACGAGAUCUAUGCGCAUCAAGAUCGUGACGUAGAAAGGGUAGUGGUCCACGAGGGUUUCCACUCGGGUGCGCUUUACAACGAUUAUGCCAUCCUAAUCCUGAAGACCCCAGUCGAUUACGCGGAGAACGUUGAUAUCGUGUGUCUACCGGAACCGAACACGGACAUCGACGGGUCCAGGUGUUUCGCCAGCGGUUGGGGAAAGAACAUAUUCGGUAAAGAGGGACGUUAUCAAGUGAUCUUAAAGAAGGUGGAACUUCCUAUAGUACCUCGCGACACGUGCCAAAACAUUAUGCGUACUACCAGAUUGGGAAAAUACUUUGUUCUAGACAGAAGUUUUAUCUGCGCGGGUGGAGAGGAAGGAAAAGAUACCUGCAAGGGUGACGGUGGAAGUCCCCUCGUGUGCCCUCUAAGGAACGACCCGAAGAGAUACGUUCAAGCUGGCACUGUAGCCUGGGGACUUGGCUGCGGCGAGAAAGAAAUUCCCGGCGUUUACGCUAACGUAGCCUACGGCCGUCGAUGGAUCGACGAGCAAAUGGCCUUUUACAAUCUAGAUAACACCGUCUACCAAUAUCCCAACUGAUCAUUCUCAUCCGAUGUACCAAUGUCGACCACCCGAAUUUUUUUAAAAAUUUUUAGUAGAGCAUUUAUCACAGAUUAACGUUUAAGUACUUCUUUUUACGUCAAAUAAUUCUAUAUUGAGAACAAAUGUGACGUUCAGCGAGCUACACGCGUUGACAAAAUUCCACGAAUCUCUCUAAUAGUAAAAGACCUGCGUUAUUUUAUGUUCGCAGUUUGAAUUACGCGUUUGAAAGUUAUUGUUGAUUUAUGUAUGCGGCGAAAAAUGAAUAAGACUUGUAAAAAUCAAUGCAUGGCAUUUUGUAUAUGACGCACCAGCAAGUAAUACAUUUUUACGAAAAACACAGGA